UGGGAGCAAAGUAACGCCUACUUGGAGACGGCAUGGUUUCCAUCCUCUUCCUUGUCAGCAAGGGUUCACGAGACUAAUUAUUGAUAAUUAACCCUGUUUAAUGAUAAAUAUACAGAAACAUUAUAAUGGGAUUUCUGGUGUUUAUGUGGCGCGGCACUGAAACAAGGUUGCCAGUGCUGUCUUGAACCAGAUCGGUUUGUGCAUGACGCAUUUUCUGAAAGUUGUAAUCACCGAGUGAUCCACAACGCGAUCUGGUAGUGAUGUUUUCCCCGUCGCGGUGAAUUGUGGGCAGGCCUCGGUCCUCCCUGGCUUUAAUCUCACACUAGACUGUAACCCGGGUAGGGAAAAUGGCUGCUCCGGUAGCUCCAGCGGGUCUUCCUCCGGGUUUCUGUCCGAGCUUUGCCGUCGUGUGCUCGUUUUUAGAGCGUUACGGUGCUGCUCUGGAUCUGCCCGAAAUGACUUUCCCGCAGAUGGAAGGAUACUUGCAGGAUACAUCAUCAGUUCCACAACCUCUUGUUGAGCUCCACGUCAAGCUGCUUCGCAAGCUUGGCAAGUCGGUGACGUCAGACAGAUGGGAGAAGUAUCUUGUUAAGGUGUGUCAGGAGUUCAACAGUACCUGGGCGUGGGAGCUGGAGAGGAAAGGAUACCCAGAAACGUCCGUGGAGUGCAAGGCCGACAUCCUUAAGUAUUUGUGUGAAAGCCAGUUUGAUGACAACAUCAAGUUUAAGAUGGCAGUGAACGAGGAAGAUCCGGAGCAGAUGCGCCUGCAACCGAUCGGCAGAGAUAAGGAAGGGCUCCUGUACUGGUUCCAGCUGGACCAAGACCAGAACGUGCGGCUCUACGUGGAGGAGCAGGACGAUCUGGAUGGGUCGUCUUGGAGGUGCAUUGUCAAGAAUAGGAAUGAGUUAGCAGACAUUUUGGAGCUCCUUAAAGCUAAGGUGGAACCAGCAGUGACGGAUGAGGAGCGACACGACGGUACUUCUGGCAGCCCAGGAGACGAGAAAAGCGGUGGAGGUGAACAUAAAGGCAAGGCUGCUAAGGUGGAGGCUGCACCAGAAGAAGAAAGCAAGCCAGUUGCCUUGAGCACCGCGAAUUUCAAUUCUGACAAAUCGGUCAAAGAUGAAAGUCAGACAGCACGUGAAAUGAAACAAAAAGGAUCUACCGGGCCACUUAAACUAGAACAAGAGCGAAAGGAAGAGCUUGAGCUGAAAGCGGUCGGCACCGAAACCCCCAAACUGGACCAGGCUCCUGUUAUAGACAACAGAGUGAGCACGAUUAAGAGCCUCGUCAAGGACGAGCCGAGGGAUUCACCUCGACACUGGAACGCCAUCUCGGUCGUCAUGGCGCCCGGCUCUAUCAAACAGGAACUUCCGGCAAAGACGGAUUCCUGUAAGGACAAGAAAGAGAAACCGGUGGAAGUUUUCGAGAGGGCCAUGAAAAGCGACCAGCAGGCUAAGAUACCACUGAAAAAGAGGGAGCUGAAAAGAAGUGAGGGCUACGACAAUAGUCCUUACAGCCAUGUAAACAAUACCAGUAACAGCAACGGUGGUGUUUCUGUGGGUGGCAUAAUUGUACGCAACCCAGCAGCGAUGGAGCACGCUGGCGAAAAGAAAACAGCCCCACCUCCGCUUCUUACAGGAAACUCCGAGCAGCAGAUACAGAGCAGCGACUCAGUCCGUGACGGGGUCGUAUCUCCGAACAAAAGAGAACAGUACGUAGGUUUCGGUGUGAUCAUGGGCCCGAUUGAGAGAAAGCAAACGUUUCCCGCGGCUGAUGGCUCGGGAAAUCCCACGAAGGAUCGAAACGGACUGCAUGAAGAUCAGGAUGCGAAGAGCUUUAAGUCUGCAGCGACGCAAGCUGAGAAUGUAAGGCAGUCUGUUGUAGUUAGAAAGCCGAGUAUUUCCCAGGCCACGCAUCAUUCGAGCAUGAGCGAAGAGAUGACGCUCCGAGUCGAGCACGCAGAAAGCGACGCCAAAGUAAAGGCUCUUGGUGGAGACGCAAAGGAGCGAGCUGCGUUAUUGCUGGCUUUACCGACCGAUGCCGAAAAGGAGUAUACUGACGGGAAGUCGGUUAUCAGGUCUAGCACUGAGCAGGAAACGGUAGGAGAGCUGGAAGACGCGGGUAGCGCGGAAGAGCAGGCGGGAAGCAGGAAGGAUAAAGCGACAACGGUCCUCGAUGGAGGAACGGGUAAUAUGGCGGGCUGUCUUAAAGCUGCAGAAGAAAAAGGGUUGAAAAGUUCCAGAAAAAAGCGCUCUGAUAAAGCCAAGCUCAAGUCGCAAACCGGGGAGAAUCGGAAUAAACUCGACGAGGAAGAAGUGUCCUCCGAGCUUCAGAAGGAGGGAAUUCGUCUCAAGAUCAAGAUCCCGCUUCACAGACGAACCCCCGAGCUCCGCAGGUCAGCCAGAAUCUGUAAGCCCAGUCCCAAGCUGGCAGAGAUUCAGGAGCGGAAACACACACCGCCCUCUGCGGCACGGGACUCUGAGGAGCACGUGGAUCAGGGAGACGAGAGAGCGCUUCACAAGAGGGACCUGCACAAGAAACUCCCCUCCGAUGGACAAAUCAAAUCUGCUAAGGGGAAACGACGACACAGGCGGCCUCGCUGGUCGAAACUUCCAAAACCUCGCAAAACCGAAGUAGGAGCAGACGCAGCGUGCGAGAGCAAAGCCGAGCGAGACGAUGAGAAGAGUGAGUUGGAUUCACAGCAUUCCGAGGAAGCUCCACCUGAAGAUGCCUGUAAACACUGCAGCCUCCCCAACCACCCUGAACUGAUUCUUCUCUGUGACCGGUGCGACAGCGGCUACCACACGGCCUGCCUGCGCCCUCCUCUGAUGAUCAUUCCUGAUGGAGAGUGGUUCUGCCCUCCGUGCCAGCAUAAGCUGCUGUGUGAGAGGCUGGAGGAACAGCUGCAGAACCUGGACACGGUUCUGAAGAAACGGGAAAGAGCUGAGAGGAGGCGUGAGCGCCUGGUCUAUGUGGGAAUCAGCGUGGAGAACAUCAUACCCAAUCCAGACGCUGAUGCAGAGGACGGAAAACAAGAGAAGAAAAAAGGUGCAAAGAAGUGUAAGAACCUAGAGAGGAGAUCAACACGAAAGAGGAAGUCCAUUAGUUACAGGUUUGACGACUUUGAUGAAGCGAUCGACGAAGCAAUAGAGGAAGAAGUGCAGAAUUCAGACGGAGGAGAUGUGAGUCUUGGUAAGGAUAUGGCUGCUAUCACAGACCAGGAAGAGAAAGAGGUAGCUAAAGAGAUCCGACAGCCUGUGAAAACCCCUGCUCCACGGAAGAGGAAACGCCGCCGGAGGCUUAAUGAUUUAGACAGCGAGAGCACACUGGAUGAGGAGGAGAGCGAGGACGAGUUUCAGAUCAGUGACAGUAUGGAGGAGGAUGAUUUUGUGGUGUCUGGGGACGAUGGAGGCAGCGACGCUGAUGCUGUAUCCUGGGACGGCAGUGAGAGAGGCAGCAUCUCCAGCAGCGUAGACCGCCUGCCUCCAAUCAGGAAAACGGCCAGGAACGGCCGAACACAGAGACCCAAGAAGAGGACACUCAGAUCGGCUCGACGCCAGCGAGGCUCUUCGGAGGAAGAGGAGGAGGAGGAAGAGGAAGAAGAAGAGGAGGAAGAGAUGGACACUGAGGGCUCCAGUGAUGUCAGUGACGGCGAUGUGAAUCUGAGCAGGCGGCGGUCACGGCGCAGUCAGAAAGCCCAGAUUAACUACUGCGAGACGUCCGAGUCCGAGGGGUCACAGAAAACCUCAGAACGGAAGACUAACCAAGCGCCACGUCGUCGCCGAAUCUCCAGCUCUAACACGUCUGUUGUUUCGAAGGACUCUGAGCCCGAGGAGGAGUCUGACUCGAGGGGCAGACACCGAGGCAGAAAGAGGCAGUCGACGAGGGAAGACUCGAAACAGAGGCACAAACGGCUCAAACUGAAACCAGCAAGAAGUACGAGCGAGGAAGAGGAGGAAUCGGACGAGGAAGGAGACGCCGGUGUGUCCGACGCGGAAAGGAGACCAGUCCGUAAAAACCUGAACCGUAUCGAAUCGGAUGAGGAAGAAGAGGACGGGGCGGAGAAAAGACCAAUGAGAAAGAUGGCCGGAAAGCAGGCCAGCAGAGUUACAGACUGCAGGGAGAUGAGUGUGAAGGCACACACUAGAGGCUCGAAGGACUCGAUGCUGAAGCACAACGGCCUGCUCCCUCCAAGAUCUUCAGCUCAGGAUGAAGAUGAUGACGAUGAGGAGGAGGAAGAGGAGGAUGAGGAGGAUGACCUCACCGCCACUACAGACUUUGUUAACUUUGUUUUUGACAGCGAACAGUUAUCGUGAUGUGCUGAAGAAAUUUCAUAUAUUAUUUUCUCAUUGCCUUUUUUUUUUUUUUUUAAGGUUUGUUUGUUUGUUUGUUUGUUUGUUUUUUUGAGUGUACUGGACCAAUCCAAGCUUCCAGAGGAAUUUUCACACGAUGUCUAAACAUACUUUAGUUACAUACAUCAUGCACAUGUCAGAUGUAGAGCAGGGUCUCGGUGCACAUCCUGAUUUUUUUAUGAGUGAAAGGUGCGAAAUUUGAAAGUUAGAUUUGAUCAGCUAGUCGCAAACUUGAUCAUAUGACUAGUUUCUCUAAGGUUAGCUGCCCUUUUAGUGGACUUGGCUCAUGGUUUUAAUUCCACAGUGUAUUCCACAAUUUUAAUUCCACAAGAGACUGGAAUGAAUGGGAAUCAUGGGCGAUUGUUUCCAGAGCUGAAAACAUAUGUAAAAAUGCAUAUUCUAAACUUAUAUCGACUGAAGACACUACGGUUCUAUUUCACAUUUUAUAUUUCCCUUUUAAAAGAAGCUUCAAAAAUCAGAAUGAAAACUGUAUAUAGUCUUGAUCUGGUCUGGAUUUUUUUCUUGAGGAAAGGGCAAGUACUCUGUCGUGGUCUUUCAUGCCAAGUCAGUCCUCUAGUGAUGGUAAUUAUGGCUGGGGUUUUUUAGCGAGAUGGGUCUUUUAGUUCAGCUCACCAAUAAGGGUCAAAUCUUUUGGUUCCCAAACAGCUGAUUGUCGUCUUUUUCUUUUCUUUUUUUUUUUAAACUCAAAGUUUGGUAUUUCGACCAGUGUUUGCUCUAUUAAUGAGUAAAAUUGUUUGGUAAAAUUGUUCCUAUUAGCAAAAUAACAUUUCUCUCGCACUGCACUACGUUAUUCAAAAUGAAUUUCAAUAAUUGUAACUGAUCUCUGAACUCUAAACAUACACAUACAGUCCCCCUCAAACCCAUUUGGGUUUGAGAUCGAAAUAUGGAGACGAGAGUUUAGGAUUUCAGCUUUUAUUUCCUGGUAUUUACAUCUAGAUGUAUUAAACGACAUAAAGCAUAGAACCUUUGUAUCAGACAACCCAAUUUUUAGGUGAGCAAAAGUAUAGGAACAGAUAAGAUUAAGAUACAUUUCUGCUCUGAAGCCUUCUUCGUACUGUGAAUUGUGAUACCUUCACCCCUGCUCUAUGGAGGUUGUUGGUUGUUUUAGGGGUUUUCUUCACAGCUCUCACAAUGUUUGUGUCAUCAGCUGUUGUUGCUUUCAAUGGCUGACCCAUUCGGUGUUUGGUUGCUCAGUACACCAGUGGUUUUUUUCUUUUUCAGGAAAUUCCAAGUUGUUGUAUUGGCUAUGCCCAAUGUUUGCGCAGUGCUUUUGACUGAUUUUCCCUCUUUUCUCAGCUUCAAAAUGGCUUGCUUUUCUCCCAUAGACAGCUCUCUGAUCUUUAUGUUGGUUUAUCCUUUUUAACAACAAAUGCAGGUGAAAUUGAAGGCGAAAACCAAGAGUAGAUGUUCAGAGCUAUUCAUUGUUUAAACAGUAAAUCUAACAGGACACACCUGGGUAACAUGAAGCACCUGUCAGUCGCACGUUCCAAUAUUUUUGCUCGCCUACAAAUUGGGUGGUCUGAUAGAAAAUGUGCUAUGUUCUAUGUUUAACACGUCUACAUAUAAACACCAGGAAAUAAAAGCUGAAAUUUUAAAAACUCCUUCUCAUUUCCAUCUUUUGAUCUCAAACCCAAAUGUCUUCUGUCACUCAGCAAAAACAUAUGAAUUGGCCUUGCCGUUCCAAUAGUUUCGGAGGGGACUGUACGCACGUCGGCUUCUCUUCACCGGUAGUUGACUUUCACAAACGACACAAUACUAUGGUCCACCCUGAUACGUAUGGGUUACUUUCAGAAAUCACACACAUUGAAAACUACUGUACGUUGUGUAAUUGAAGGUGUUUUGGUAUUAUAUGAAUAUCUGCUAGGCCAGAUUGAAUAAAUGAAAUACAUUUUGUAAUAAUUACAAAAAUGAAGAAGUCCGUGGCUAAAGCUAGCUAACUAGGAUUAGUUUGGAAUUACAUAAGAAUGCGGUGAAGGAGUAUGUUGUAUAACGAAUAAAACAUUUUCAGCAAAAUAAUCAAAAACGGGUUUGUGUGAUGCGGCCCGUAGCAAAGCAGAGUUGCUCUUACUAUCCCAAAAAUUGAAGUGUUUUCUCCCUCUUAUACCACAGCAAGUUUUUUUUCAAUUUAUUAAACAUGACACUUCAUACCGUUAUCCUUUUAUUGUUACAUUUAAUGUUAUGGACUGUGCAUGGUGUACGAGUUAGUUCCUGUUAUCGCUUACGUUAUGGCAGCUAUACAAACUUGUUCCCUCACCUGCCUCUUUUUUUUUUCUUCUUUUUUUUUUUGGCCGCUGUCUUCAAGUUGGUAAGGCAGAAAGUGCAUGCCAUGUUCAUCAUGUUACAGAGAAAUCAGAAUGCAUUGAAGACUGUCCUAUGUGGAACACUUACUGACUGUUACAAAUCUUACAUAGGUUUAGAUAAUGCGAGUGUCGAAACAAUACCGUAUUCAUGUGAGCACAUUAAUAUAAACCUGCGAUUUGAAUUACAUAGAAAAUUAACACUUUUUAACCAGUCCUAAUUGAGAAUUUGAUAGUGCUGUGGUAUAACUAAACAUAAAUAGCUAGACAAUAGCACUAUAAUGGAGGUUAUUGUCAUUGUAAUAGUUACACUUGAAUAGCUAGUGAGCUUGGUAAUAACUACUUUAACUAAUAACAUAGGUGUACAGUAAAAUUGGGUAUCGAAUCUUUUGAAUUUUGUUGCUUCAAGAGGCUAAUACUGCAUUAGCUUAAACUACAUAAGUUGUCUUAACCCCGUAGCUUUGAUAAAUCCUUUUGUAAGAAUGAUGUUGAUGGGAACACUUCAGUCAGCAUGGUAGUUUACUAAACAUUAGCUAGUUUGUUAGCAUAUUGGUGAACUACCUAAUGUCAGUUGUCAAACUAUUGCUAACAAAGUAGCAUUGAUGUUAUCGAAGCUGACUAGUUAGCUAGCUAAUGUUAACACAGUGCUGUAUUUUGAUAUCUGGCUAGUUUAGCUACAAAUUCUGUACUAUUAUAUUGUGUAACUAAAAUCAGUUUAUGCUAAGCACUACAUUAAUCCAAAUAAACCUAUCUAAAAUAAAUAAAGAAAUAAAGUUUAGCAGUGAUGUAUUAUGAUCAAGUUUGCACUGAUCGAAUCCAGUCCUUAUUGGCUCAGGGAAAAUCAGGAUGUGUGUGUCUCAGUAAUCCAUGUACACUAUAGCUGAUCUUCAGAAAGCAAAGCACUGUAAAUUGUAAGGCCAGUAAUGCAUCAUCUGUCUAACACAAGCUUAUAUCAGCCUGUAGAGACACUGUACAUUUUCUGCUUGUAUGCUAGCACCUUUGGAAUCUGUGGUUUAGUAAUGUUUUCAGUUUUAUCCUCUGUUAAAAAAAAAAAAAUCAACAAAAAAAACAACAACAAAAAAAAAAAAACAGUUUUUAUAUGAGAAGGAGAUUCUGUUGGAAUCUGUUUGAAACAGUUUUGCUAAUCUUAUUGAAUAACAAUCCUCGAUGCCAGCCUGUGUUUAAUUAAUUAAUCCAUUUGUUCAAGGAGAAUCUUAACCCAACCGUAUUGAUGUAUUGAGGUGAUUUGCCAUCAGAAAAGAAAUAAAAGUGCCACAAAAUAUCAAGGCACAGAAGUUAGUCAAAGCAACUUAGCAGCUUUUAUGGAAAUUACUUACAUACGGUAAAUAGCUACUUUAUGAAAGUAGUAUGUCUUAUUACAGUCCUAGAAAAUAUAUAAUUUCUAAUGUUUGUUCAUUUAAAGUUGUGUAUAUUUUGAAUUGUUUCCCCAUAUUUUGUCGAUUAUAGUGCAUCUACAAAGGUAACAUAAGGUAGUUUUAAAUCUGCUGAUUUUUUUUGUUUUGUUUUUUGUUCUUGUUCAGUUCUUUUUUUAAUACUGUAUAAAAUGUAUGUGCCUGUUGACUUGCCCUUAGGCUGAAGUAAAUUUUCUUGACUGAAUGCA